AUGGAUGAUCUCCCACCAGGGUCUCGUCUCGCGCAUGUCCGCUCUAAACUCGCAAUGGACUCUGAAUCAGAGGAAUCCGGAUCUGCUACUCCUACCAACCCAGAUACUGCCAAACCCGAGACUGAACCAUUCCCUGGCACUGAGCCAUUCCCUGAAUACGACGAGUCCGAGUGUGAAAUGCUUGCGUCUUCCAUCGCAGCCGACAAACGUCGCGAGGAAGCAUGGAUCUACGCUCUCGGCAAAGCCACCCAACGAGAGAACCGCAUGCUCCAUGUCGACCCUAACAUCAUCCCAUAUUUCCAAAGUGACCCGUCUCACCGCAGCCAGGUGGUCCUCGAACAGCUGCGAGACCUUCUCGCCGACCCGCAAAUGCGUCCUGAGAUCCGCGAGCAAUUCAUUACCAUGAUCAACGCCACUCUUCAAUUCAACCUCGUAAUCUUUCACCAAAGCCCGGAGUUUCUGGCUCCCAAAGAAAUCGAAGAUGCAGAACUUCACCUUGAGUCCGUUCUCAAUCUCGUCGAAUGGAUGGAAGAGAAUCUCAGAGAGCAGCUGGAGACUGCCGAACAGGCUUCUUAUGCCAUCGAGGAUGCCUCGUUGGAGCCUACUUCGGCCUAUGAGCGCCUUUGCAAAAUGGCGACUCUUUUCGCCAAGGCCAUGAAAAAGCCUCGUUACCUUGAACGGCGACUGCUUGCUUUGUACAUGGAUAUGUACGAGGAAUGGGUCCACACUCCUUUCCUCUUUCUGCGCAACCACCAACUUGUGAACGAGCAAGACCCUAGCCCAGAACGCACCAAGCUUUCGCGUCGUGUCAUUAUCAUCUGGGACCUGAUGAACAGCUGCAUUGAAAGCUACGGUACCUUGACCUGGUUCACUCUUGAGAUCAGACGUCAGUACUUUGCCCCGGUGAUGGGUUAUCUUUGUGACUCGCCAGAAAUCUGGCAGCACUGCUGGGAUCAAUACCAGGCACUCGAGAAGGAUCGGACUCAGGCAAGCGAGAAGGAUUUGUCCCGAUACGCCACCAUCUGA